AUGAGUGACAUUUCUAAAACGCCGGUUGUCGAGACGACUGCUAAGGACCGAGAGGAGUUCUUGGCUAGCUUCAGUUCACAAGAGGAGAAACAUAUUCGACGGAAGGUUGACAAGCGCUUCCUUUUGUUAAUUGGUUUAAUGUACAUGGUUAAGCAGAUUGACGUGAACAACGUCUCCAGCAUCAAAGUCCUGCAGGUUGGGGAGCAGUCCAACAUUCUCAAUGAGCUGAAUAUGUCUGCUGACCAGUACAACUGGGUGUCCUCUAUAUACACAAUUGGGUAUAUCAUCUUCGAGACACCGAGCAAUCUCCUGCUUAAGAAGAUGACUCCAAGGCUGUGGCAGACACGAAUUUUCUUCACAUGGGGGAUUGUUCUAGCUUGCCAGGCAGCUGUACAAAACCGCCAGGGCUUGCUCGCCCUACGUUUCCUACUAGCAGUCCUUGAGACCGGCUCCUAUCCAGGAAUUUUAACACAGCUUAACUCUUGGUAUCCGAGCGACGAAAUGGCUACCCCCGUUAUGUGGCUGCUAGGCAUAUCCCAAUGUUCAUCGAUUGUGGGAUCGCUGCUCUGUUAUGGUAUAAGCUACAUGGAUGGGAUACGGGGACUGAGUGCAUGGCGGUGGGUAUUCAUAAUUGAGGGUAUCAUCACUAUUCUCUUCUCGGGUGUUAUAUUUCUCGUGCUCCCUGAUUACCCCAAAUCUCCGAGGAGUAACAAAUGGCUCAGCCCACGCGAACAAGAAUUUAUUGAGGCUCGGCUCGGUGACCGUGCUCCUAAAACAGCCGAUCCGGCCUUCAGCAAAAAGGAGAUCCUCGCUGCUCUCCGAUCACCCAUUCAAUGGUCUUUUACCUUCUCACAGAUGCUUAUUAAUCUCGGAAUGUACGCGCUUCAGUGGUAUCUCCCAACUCUCACCACCAGUUUCGGCUUUACAAAACUACCGGCCAACCAGCUACUCAACAUCCCACCGGCUGCCACAGGCAUCAUUGGCGUGGUACUUGGCUCGUUGAUCCUGCGACACGCUAGCCUUUCGAAACCAGUCCAGCUAAUGGCGUAUAAUGUGGGAAUGAUCAUCGCCUUCAUCCUUUUCUUCGCCGUUUCUGCCACACCCGGCCUAUAUGUUGCAUGCAUGUUAGGCACCUUCUUCGUCAAUAUUUAUUACAUUCCCUUCAUCUCGUGGCGCUCGGCUACUAUGAGAGGGGCUACGGGAACGGCCUUCGCUUGGGGUUUACAGAACUCCAUCGGUCAGCUUGGUGGUGUUAUUGGACCACAACUGUUUCAAUCUAAGUGGGCGUAUAACAGAUAUAAAAACAGUUUUGCCAUUGCUCUAGCUGGGGUCGUUGCUGCCAUAGGGACCAAUCUUGCCUGUUGGUGGUGGACCAACAAGCAAGAAAAAGAGGAGUUAGAGGCUUCAUCUCAGCCGUGA